CCGUGUACGCCUUCCGGACCGGAAGUUGUCGCUCAGGCCAGUCCUAAAAAACUUCCGCCUUAAACUUGUAAAGAAAACAUAGCAGCUAAAAGGCAAUCGACGGCGUAACCAACCGAUUUAAGAAGUCGGAACCGCAAGACUCUUGACGCUCUGGAGCGCGUGUGGUUUUCAGAGUGUGUGUGAGUGGGUGAGUGUAUGUGUGAGUGUGUGUGUGAGCUCCACCUUUAACCAAGAGCAGCUCCUCCCUGGAGGAUGACAAUGGAGGAGAUGAAGACAAAGCGGAGACAAACUCCAUGGGUAUCCAUGACGCUGUACGCCGUGAUGUACCCCGUUUUCAACGAGUUGGAGAGGAUCAACCUAUCGGCAGCUCAGACGCUCCCGAGCGCCUUCAUCAAGGCGGAGAGGGAGAACCCCGGCCUGACUCAGGACAUCAUUAUGAAGAUCUUGGAGAAAAAGAACGUCCAGAUCAACUUCACCGAAUCCCUACUGCGCAUGGCGGCCGACGAUGUGGAAGAGUUCAUGAUUGACCGGCCCGAGCAGGAGUUCCAGGACCUGAACGAGAAAGCCAGAGCUCUGAAACACAUUCUCAGCAAAAUCCCAGAUGAGAUCAACGACAGAGUACGCUUCCUACAGACUAUCAAAGACAUCGCCAGCGCCAUCAAAGAGCUCCUGGACACGGUCAACAAUGUCAUAAAGAAAUAUCAGUACCAGAAUCGCAGAGCUCUGGAGCACCAGAAAAAGGAGUUUGUGAAAUACUCCAAAAGCUUCAGCGACACCCUCAAAACGUACUUCAAAGAUGGAAAGGCGAUAAACGUCUUCAUCAGCGCGAACCGGCUCAUCCACCAAACCAACCUCAUACUGCAGACCUUCAAAACCGUGGCCUGAGCCCUCCAGCGGCCACAGAGGGCCCCCCCCCCCCCCCCCAACACCCCUUUUGUCCCGUGGGGGAGCAACCGCUAGGAACGGUGGAAGCUCGAAGAAGCGUCUGACCCAUAUAUGUAAAUUAGAAA